UGAAUUAUUCAACUUGGCCUUUUAUUUACGUCCUGAAACAAAGUAUUGUGAAAUGUUUGGUUAUACGUAGAAAAUAAGACGAUGUAACGACAGUUGACGAUGCUUACUUUGUCGUGAGGGGCAAGAAUUAUUCGCGACAAAAUGAAUGACGGCGAUUGGAUUUGCAGUGAUGCUAAUUGUGGAAAUAUCAAUUUUGCUCGUCGUUUGUCAUGUUAUCGGUGUAAUAAAGAGCGUCCAGAUGGAGUGAAGCCCUUUAAAAAGAAACUGGGCACGGAAAUUGGGAAAUCUGCGGCAGAAAAGUCUCGCGGUUUGUUCAAUGCAGAUGAUUGGCAGUGUAGCAAAUGUGCGAACGUCAACUGGGCCCGGCGUCAGACUUGCAAUGUUUGCAAUGCGCCCAAGUAUGGUGAAGUGGAAGCUCGGACUGGUUAUGGGGGUGGUUAUAAUGAACGUGGUGUAGUGGAGUAUCGCCGGCGAGAGCCCUCUUCUGAGGAUGAAUAUGACGAGUUUGGCAGAAAGAAACGCAAGCGCAAGUCAGACUCACAAAAACCAGACGAAAAGGUUGGCACCACUGAAGGACCUGUAUUCAAAAUGUUGCCACCAACUGUGCUGCAGAAGGGAGCCAUUACGGAUCGUUUGCCAGUUCCAGCACCAAAGAAUAAAGAACAAGAGAAAAUAAGUGGCAGCCUAAGUGAUGGCUCAGUGUGUGAACUUCCUCCACUUACAAAAUCAACUUUUCGGAAAAAUCAAAUACAAAGCCAAACAAACUACCAUAGACAAGAGCACAUGUUGCCAAGUUAUAGGUCCAACCAGCCCAGAAAAAGAUAUUCUAGUACAGGUGAUAAAGAACACACUGGGUCUUCUGGUUAUGAGACAGGUUCUAAGAAAUACAAGCGAGAUAGCAGCAGUUCUCCUGUCACCAAAGCUUGUAAUCCUGUGAUGGAAAAUAGAGUAUCCUCAACUAAUAAUGAUGUAGUCUAUAAAUUUACUGGCCCUACACCUGCACAAGACUUUCAAGUUACAUACACCUUGGAAGAACGAGUUAGAGCUGCAGCUCUUGCUAUUGUGUAUAACAAUUGCAGAAUCAGCACAGACAAGUUUGAAUCUCUUUUUGAUAAACCAGCACCAGAUUUCAAAACUAUUUUUGCUUGGCGACAACGACUUAUGAGUACUGGCUGCUUAGUGGAUGGUCAUGUGAUGUCAAAUAAGGAUAUUCCUGAAAAAACAGGUCUACCAGCUCUUUCUGUCAAACCAGGAUUGAAUCCCCAACAAAGUUCUCGCAAAUUACCAAAUCCUGAUGAGAUUUUAAUAUCUGACAGUGAUGACGGAUGUGAUACAAAUGAAAAAAUACAAAACCAAUCAGUUUCCCGACAAAGAAGCACAAGCAUUGAAACAUUGCGUCUUGGGGCUGACAGAGCUGCAGGUAGUUCUGUGAGCACAGCUGAUGAAAGAGAUUCACGAGCUAGAAGUCGAAACUCGCAAAGAAGCAAUUCCAGAUCAACUCAAAAUAAUCAUUCGCACUCUCCUUCUAGUGACAAUCAUGAUUCUAACUAUGCAUCUGAAGAUUCAGUGAAAAGGGGAGCUAUACCUAAGAAGAUUAUUAAUGCUAGUGUACCUUCUAGGAAGGUUACACAUGAUUCAGAAUCUGAUUCUAUUACUUCUGAUAGUGAGGAAGAUGAUUUUAGGGAAAGAGUUUUCAAAGGUAAUAAAACAAAGCGUAAAAUGAAGAAACGUCCAACGGUAACUGCUGUAAAGGUACCUAAUUAUGAAACGCCAAUCACGCAAGCUUUCCAGGGAUACAGUACAUUAAAACAAUUUGGACAAUCACCGUUAGCUACAGGUAAUAUUUACACACCAAACCUUCACAACAUGAAUGCGAAAAUAAAAGAAACUGUUAUGGACACUGAUGGUUGUUCGAGUGAAUAUGUGCCCACUAAACUUGGUUCUUCUGCUAAGAAGAACUACCAAGCUUUCAAAGACAAUGUUAAGAAAAAAGGCUUUUGGGUAAAAGCAAAUGGGCAAUCAUUUUCAAACACACAUAAAAAACCAAACAAUUCUAAGAAUGUAUUGGUACCUCCGCAAACUUCUGGAAAGGAUAGUUUUUGGGCUAAAACCAAUGUACAAGUUUUUAAAUAUGCAACACCAGCUAAUGUAUUCAAAAACUCUGUUAGUAAUCACCCUGGAACUACUGAUUUUUGGUCCAAGAUUAAUACCCAAGCUUUGAAAGACAUUGAUAGAUCUAAUGACAAAAUCUCUAACAGUUCCAAAUAUCCUGCCAUUGAUAACGUCUUUGCGAAAACAACAGAACAGUCCAACAUUAAAACUAAAACAACCAAUACUCCAACAUUUAGCCCUGAAGAAGAACAAGUUAGUAUAGAAACUUAUAGUGAUGAAAAUCGUGGUUACAAUUCUGGUCAACCCAUCGAAAGUAAUCAAACUGAAUUCACCAAUGAUGAUUUUAAUGAUUUUGUACCUAUUGACCCUUACAAAUCGUUAGAAAAUUCCAUCAAACAAAGUAAAACAUCCAAAGAUACUAGUAGUGUCUUUGAUAUGGUACAGUCAAAUACUUCAACUAAUAAAAGUAUACUGGACAUUUUUGGAAAUGGAAAGACUCAGGAUAGUCCUGAAAAUGACAACAUAUUGGAGAAAUACGACUCUGUGAGGAAAAUGUAUGAAACCGAAUGGGAUGAUGACGAUGAAGCUCUCUAUAAAGACUCUGAAUCCACAAACUUGCCCACUAAAGAACUUAGCCCUAUCCGUGAAGUUGUUCCAAAUAAACCCCCUAGCCCUAUGUCAAGUAUGCUUUAUGGCGAAAACGAAUUGAGUGCUCAAACAUCAACGCCCAAUAAAAUAACCAUUGAUGUUGUGCGGGAGAGACAUGACAAUUUAUUUAAUAUUUUAAAAGACUUUCAGGCCAAUAGGGAUGUGGAGGCAAGUGAAACUAAUGACACCCAAGAGCAUGCUGUGCAUCCUCAUAAAUCACAUCAUUUACCACUACAUGAAAUACCAUUCCCAAAACCCAAGCAUCAAAUGGAUACUGAUCAAAUGGCAACAUUAAAAUCUGACACAUUGCCUCUAGAGAUUUCUGAUGAAAUUAUAGAAUUGUCCAAGGGAAAUGAUGAUGCUAGUGUAACACAGAAUAACUUCCGUAACAAAAUUAUCAGUCCAUCUAAACAAGUGCACGUUCUUCAAUCAAUAACCAUCAAAACGAAAGAUGAUACACCGCAAAUUGUCGAGCCAGAAGCUGAGAAUUUACGUGAAAUCCAACAAAACAGUAAUUUAACAACAUUGACAUGUACUCCUGAACACGUUGGUAAUAACAUUGAGAAAUUGGAUAAAGUACCUGAAAUUUCGUCGCUUACCGUACCGCAAAUUGAUUUGUCGCAAUUGCUAGCGAAUAUAAAUACAAACGAACUCCUCUUAGCUCUUCAAAAUCUACAGGAUCAAACUUCAGUUAGCACUACUCAAGAAAAUGGUAAUCAAACCUUGCAAGAUGUGGAGCCACCAGUGGAGACAAUUAACCUAACAAAUGAUGAAGAUUGGGAGAAAGAGUCCAAUCACGAGGGUAGCAUUGAGAGACAACUAGAAAGGUUGGACGGUAAUACUGGUGACACUCCUUUUUUAAGCGAUAUUUUUGAUCCAGGACCAAUACUUAUACCUCCAAAUGUUGCCAAAAAAUUGAACUUAAAUCUCGAAGAGAAGAAGGAAACUUCUCCAUUUAUGAAUAAUAGUAAUACGCCUAUUAUCGGAAAUUUUAAAAGCUUCGCACUGCCAAAACCAAUAAUGUUGAAUAGACUCAAAGUGUCUGUUAAAGUUCCUGAUAAGAGUAAGAAAUUGCCUGGAGAAAAGAAGUCUAGAAGAAGGAAGAACAAAGCGGGUGCAUCGAAGGAAGGAGGCGGGGAAGGUUGCGCUGAAGAGGACGAGGAGGAAGAUUCAGGAGAUGAAGCUGAUCUCUCCAAGUACGAUCUCUGCGGUAGUGAUGAGGAGCAAGGCGCUUCAAACGCAGAAAAAAAAGAUGGCGAGAACUCAAAGGAGGGUGGUGCAGACGCUAAUGACAAAAAUGGUAAAGCAGCUAGUCCAGAAUCCAAGAGGAAUAAGAGAAGAUCUAGUUCGUCAUCAUCGACAACCUCGUCAUCGAGUUCUAGUUCAAGCUCGUCACAAGGGCAAAGUCCUAAAAAUAAAUUUGAUGAUUUCAACCUGAACAGUGAGCGCGAGGGCUCGCCGCGCGGCCGCCACUCAGGUUCUCGCUCGCGCUCCCCGCGUUCACGUUCCGGAAAAUCUCCACAACGGCGCAAAUCUCGCGACUCUAGAAGUUCACGGGACAAAGAAAAAUCUCGCGACCUCGAUCGACGCGACCGCUCGCGUGGUGAACGCAAAGAGCGCCGUUACAGUCGCGAAGGAAACCACUACACUCGUGUUAGGCACCGCUAACGAACUUUACUUAGUUUAGAAUGAACGACAGUCGAAAUCUAGCUCUGUAUGAAAUUUGCCUAGUUAAGGAAUUGGAUAGAGGCACAACGCUUUUGAAAAGUUAUAUAAGAUACUAAAGUAGUUUGGUAGGUAGGGGGAUUUUUAAAUGUAAGCUUUGUGGGCGAGAUUUCCAUGAAGCGAAUAAAAAGUCGCUGUUUAUUUUAUAAUCGGGGUGGUCUUUUUGACACGCGACUUUGUAUGUGAUAGUAGCAGUAGAUUUCAACUUGAGUUGGGUCUCGACUUUUGCAAGAAAAAAAGCGAUGUAAUGGGAUACUUAAACCUUAAGUUACGCGAGUAGUCUGUAUUUGCUAAGUAUAUAGCGAAUAUGUACUUUUAUCUAAGAUUCGCGAGUUGGAUUUUUUGCUAAAUAUCAAAGUAUUUUUUUGUAGUGUGAUCUCACC